ACCACGUUGGGAGCGCUAGUGUAUGUGGAUUUUUAUCUUGACUUUUUAAAAUUAAAUAUGCUCUUUGGCUAAACUUUGAGAAAACUGCUGUGGCGUGUUAGGUUAACAUAUAGCGACAGGAUGCAAAACAUCUUGACACUGUAAUCCGUAAACAGACCGUUUCUGUACCUUUUCUUCAAGACUCGUUUUAGGAGAAAGCAGAGCCGACCUAGUGUGAGUCUGAAGAUGAAGAGAGCCAGAGGUGGCGGUGACGAGGAAGCUCCCCGGCAGAAUGGCUCUGCGGGCCGAAGGAAAGCAGAUCAGCAGCAAAGUGACGGAGACGAGGCUGGCUGUGAUAUUGUCCCGACUGACCUGCAAGACGACAAUGACCAGGGCCUCAGGAGAGAAAUCCGGAGCAAGUACAGAGACCUCAUCAGCUCAGUACAGCAGAACAGGGAAGAUAUGCUGAGCCCAUCCAACAACAAGCUAACAGAGGUUUUAGAAGAAGCAAACAAACUUUUUAAAGAUGUUCGGCAGGCGAGGGAAGCUGCCCUGGAUGCACAGCUUCUUGUUGUUGCUACAGACCUGGGCAAGGAGAAAGCCAGCCAGCUGUUCUCUGAGGGAACUGCUUUUGAUCCCACCGCUUUUACUGAGCAUCUUCUGUCGUUCAUGGGUAUGAACCGGCUAGAGCAUGAUGAGGACGAGCAGCAGAACGCGGGGGAUGGCUACCUGCCUCAGGACGCCUGGCACCGAGUGGCCAGGAGAGCCGAGUGCUGCUUUAGGACGGCACCCUCUUUCCACUACAUGAUGGGCUCGUUCUAUGCGGAACCACCUCCCCCAAAACAGAGGAUAGAACGGCAAAGAAAGGCACCCAGCAAAGAAGCCAAAAGGAUAAUGCCUACUCAGCUGAAGAAAAUGGAAGAGUCCCAUCAAGAAGCGACAGAAAAAGAAGUGGAAAGGAUUCUGGGAUACCUGAAGAGUUAUUACCAAGACGAUCCGACUUCGCCGAUAUCAUAUUACGAAUUCGUGAUUGACCCCAACUCGUUUUCCCGGACAGUAGAGAACAUUUUCCACACGUCUUUUCUAAUCAGGGAUGGUUUGGCGCGGAUGUAUCUGGAUGAUGAUAAAUUGCCUUGUAUAGCACCUGUAGAGGAGGGGGAGGUGGAAGCUGGAGGCUCCACCAGCCGUAAACAGUGCAUCCUCUCUAUCAGUACGAAAACAUGGAAGGAGCUCAUAGAUGCCUUUGACAUCAGAGACCCGAUUAUUCGGCCUACAGACACACAGGGGGAUGGUGCCGCCUUCUGCUAGGAAAACAUUGUUCUUAGAUGUUUUACAUACCGGUAAUAACAGUGAAGUAUUAUACUUUUAUCAGUUGAGGUAAAUGUAUAAUAAUCACUCUGUUGUACAUUUGUUUUGAUUUUUUUUUUUACCACUUUUUAACAUCGAAAUAAAGAAAAAAAAUACAC